AUUCUUUAUUAUCAACAAACCAUCCUCCUUCGCAAAAACCUACCAUACCUAAUCCAAUAAUAAGAGACCAAAUUAUAUUAUAUCGUAUACUUGGUAAUGAUCUCCCACCACGUCAUAAAGCUGGACAGACAUUAAGAAAUGUGAGAUUUAUAUUAGAACAUGAAGCAGAAUUUUUAAAUACAAAAAAAUGGUGGUUACUUAAUCGAAUUGCAGAUUCUGAUUAUGAAGAUACAUUAAUUAAUCUUUUAAGGUUACAUAAACAAGAUUAUAUUAGAAUACCUUUUAAUGAAAAUGAAUAUUCAAAACUUGAUUUUCGUCUUGAAGACUUUCCAAAACCUGAUUUUUUCAAUUCGGAUGAAUUCGCGCGUUUUUCGAGGGGUGCAAAAUUAAGAUCGAUUGAUUAUACCUAUUUUGAUAAAAAUUUAUAUGCUAUGAAUAAUAAUGGUGGUAGAAAUAUAGCUCUUGCACAUGGAAAAUCUCAAUUAGAUGCACGUUGGAUAUUACCAUUUGAUGGAAAUUGUUUUUUAACACCUAACGCAUUUGCAGAAAUUCGAGCUCGUUUAAAUUUAUUUGGUGAUCAAUAUAAAUAUUUUAUAGUACCAAUGGCAAGAUUAUUAAAUAAUUCACAAUUAUUGGAAGAAUUAGAUGCUCGUCCUAUUACUCCAGAAGAACCUCAAAUAAUAUUUAGAUAUGAUUCUAAUAAAUUGGAAAUGUUAUGGCGUUUAGGAUUUCCUCCAUCUCCAUCACACAAGAUUUCUGGAAAAUUAACUGCUCCAUGGGAACCCUCAGAUAGUUAUCCUAAUAAAGCAGAAGAAAUACAAUAUCAAUCUGCUGGUUGGGUUUUCCGUUUAUUUUCGGGUCAAGUGUCACAAGAAAAGAAAGAAUCAGGACCAAUACGUGCAUUUAAUCGAUUAUUGGCUAUUCAAAAUUUUAUAGAUGGUUUAGAUGAACGUAACGCUCGAAAAGUUAAAGGUUUUGAUCCUUUUCGAUUAUUUCUUUAUGACGAAAAUUUACUUAAGAAAGCAAGAUUGGAUUAUUGGUUAGGCGUACCUAAAGUUGUUGAAGUAGUUAAAAUGUUGACAAAACAUGCUAAUAAUAUAUUAUCUGAAAUUAUUAAUUCAUAUGAAUCAGAACCUAAUGUCCUAAAUAUGACCAAAAAUCCUAUUCCUGAUCUUUCUGGUCUUAUGAAGAAUUCAUUUAAAACAUCUCCUGUGCCUGCACCUGUGACAAUUCCAACUAUAUCGCCUGAUAUAUUCUUUGAAAAUGUAACAACUUUGGCCCUUGCACAUUAUUUUUCCGGUGAUGAACAAUAUUCGAGAUGGGCUGCUAAUCUGAUUAGAACAUUCAUUCUUUCAUCAUAUGCAGUUGGAGAACAAAAUAACGUUGAAGCACCUUCUCAUAUAAUUAAAUCACAUGCAGUUGGAGAACAAAAUAAUGUUGAAGCACCUUCUCAUACAAUUAAAUCACAUUCAGUUGGAGAACAAAAUAAUGUUGAAGCACCUCAUAUAAAUAAUAAUGAAACCAUCAAUAAUGAAGGUUAUAGUUUUCCAUAUUUAAAUAAAAUUCCACGUUUAAUACCAAAAUUUUUAAAUGUUGGAACAUCUUUUUCAAAAAAUUUAACCAAUACCGAUCCAAGCUUUUUUCUGGAUGCAUGUAGACUUCUUUAUCGAGCGCGUGUUCUUACUCAUAAGGAAUAUAUGAAUCUCCAAAAUUUUGCAUCUGAUUGGUUAGAAUCAUUAAUUAAUUCACCACAAAAUCUUAAAAUAGGGAGACAAUCAAAUCAUCAUGGCACUUUGUAUGACCUUCAAGUGAUAUCAUUAUCUGGAUUUCUUGAUGAUAUAAGACUUUACCUUCGAGUAGCUAAUAGAGUACGAAUGCGAAUUGGUAAACAAUUUAAUAUUCCUACAGAUAUCUCAAUGCCAAAAAUUUCACAGAAUCAUGAAAUUAUGUAUGUUCAAAAUUUGGUUGAUAUUGGUGAAAUUAAAUCAUUAGAUUAUGAUGAGAAUGUUUUUCGAUACACUACAUUAAAUUUACAAUAUUGGUUACUUCUUGUACGAAUAAUACAAAAUGGACGUUGUGGAUCAGAUAUAUGGCAAUAUACAACAAAGGAUGGACAAAAAAUUAGUCAAGCAAUUAUAGAACAUUUCAAAUAUUAUAAAAAUAGAAUGCAUGAUAGUGCUAUUAUAGCUUUAACGCAUAUGGCAAAGAGUGCGAUUAAGGCUAAUAGUGACACCGGACAAGAUACAUGUCAAACUCAAGAUGAACACAUUUAUUCACAAUAUUUUGACAACAAUAAUAUAAUAGAUUACAUUAAUUUAAUUAAUUUAGAUAACAAAAUUAACAAAGAAUUGAAUGUAAUAAUUGGUAUAGGAGAUGAGGCUAGACGGAGAGGCUUACCACCUUUCUGGAUGUUUGGUGUCGCAUCGUAG